GCAUUUGCUUUCGUCAGAAAAAUCUCCCAAUUCCUUCUGUCUCUUCUUCAAUUGCUUUCUUUCUUUAUAAACAAUACUAGUCUUCUGUUCUUGUUCUUAGUUUGUUUCUUGAAUCCCAUACUGGUAAUCACAAAAUAUUAGUCAUGGGUCUCGUUCAAAAAGUUGUGUUUUUCAUGGUUUUGGCUGUCUUAUAUGUUUCUUCUUCAAUGGCUGAAGUUUACAAGGUUGGUGAUUACAGUGGAUGGACUAAUCAAAACAUGCCUGAUUACAAAAAAUGGUCUGCUUCCAAAGACUUCAAAGUUGGUGAUUCCAUCGUUUUUGAGUACUCGCCACAGAAUCACAGUGUGGUCCAAGUGAGUUACGAGGACUAUAAGAAAUGCAACUCUUCAUCACCAAUGAAAACCUUCAUCUCCGGCAAAGAUACGAUUCCAAUUAAGCGCAAAGUACACCUUUUUUUCAUUUGUGGAGUUUCUGACAACUGUGGAAAGGGACAGAAAGUUGAUAUUAGAGUUGUUACUGGUGAUACCCCUGCAACUCAAAAUCCACCAUCAGUCAGUGCUCCAGCUCCUUCAGCAAACAAUGCUGUGUCAAUUUCUAAGGGUCAUAUUGGAAAGUUUGGGUUUGUUAUUCUUGCAGUAGUAGCUGCUAUCACUUACUAGGUUGGUUUGCUUUAAACUGUUUUCUAUGGAAUUAUUGGUUGGUAUGGAUAUUGUUUUACGGUCGUCUAGUAUCUGCUACGUUGAUCUUAAUUUAGUGAUUAUUGUAAUGUUUUAUGCAAGCAAGUGGAUCAAUUUGAUGGAUGUUAUUAUGAUUAUUUGAAGAAAUACUAAAUUCCGUAGAAUUUUAUUAA